AAGAAGUGCCACCAACCUUGACUUUCUCCCUUGGUUGACAGUCCGAGAGCUCCAGUAUGGUACAGACUAGGGUCUCUCUUAGACGUGGGCGAUGUGCCCCGGAACCUCUUCGAGUGCGGCGAGACACGGAUAGUGACGAUGACCCCUCCAUCCGGGAUACUGGCUCGGACGCGUCUUCAGCAUACGACUCCGAGCACUCCGAACCUGAAUAUACGAAGAAACGCGCUCGUGCAACGCAAAUGCGGAGUUCACGCAAAAACGUUGCGAGUGCUUCGAAGACUGACUUUGAAAAGACGAAAGGGAAAGCUCGAGUUGUUACCAUCUAUGAACUUGGACAUAUUGCACCAGAUAUCGUGUUUCCUGCGUCCUGUGAACCUUCUGAAUCUCUCGCGCACCACCAAGUCCUCUCGAAGUUCACUUGGCAUGCGAAACUCCUCUGCGUUUCUCUGGCGAGAAGCUCGUCGACAGAUUGCAAACUUUCCUGAUUUGAGCGAGCCUCAAUAUGCGAAUCUUGUGUUUUAUCCUCAUUGCCAUGGGUGCGGAAAAGGAGUCAAGUCUGUUAUCUGGGCACUAAGGAUUAGGUACUACUUGACGUGUUUGAAGAACUGGAUGAUUACUUGGUCUGAAAUCCACGAUUCAAGUCCUCCGUGCAAGGAUCGCAAUGAUUGUAAAUGGUUCGCCACACCGGCAGAAGAUGUCAAAAUGAGUACUCGUAAAACGGUGCUGGUGUGUUUGAGAUCGCAGUUGAGGCGCUCAAACGUGAUCUUUCCCGCAAGAACAAGAAGGAAGAACAAUUCGUCAUUGACCGAGGUAAAGCAUUGACCCGAGCUAUUGAAGAGCAUGCGAAAUUGUGUGCUACAUGGAAGUUGAAUGCUGCGCAAAACCACAAGGUAGAAAUUGAGGAUA